CACGGUCCCCCUUCCCCUUCCCUCUCCGUCCGCGGGCUCCACGCAGGCGCAGUGCGUGCUUACCGACCGUUCUCUUUUCCCCCUUCGCCCCCUCCCCCUGGUGGGUUCCCCCCUCCCGCGGAUUUGUGAGGAGUCGGUGGGGUCCCGCUUGUCGCCGCCAUGGGGAGAAAGUCAAGUAAAGCCAAGGAGAAGAAACAGAAGCGACUGGAGGAACGGGCUGCCAUGGAUGCUGUAUGUGCUAAGGUAGAAGCAGCCAAUAAACUUGGAGACCCCUUAGAAGCCUUCCCAGUGUUCAAGAAAUACGACAGGAAUGGUUUAAACGUUUCCAUCGAGUGUAAAAGAGUGUCGGGCAUGAACCAGGCUACAGUUGACUGGGCUUUCGAACUAACCAAAACAAAUAUGCAAACUCUGUACGAGCAGAGUGAAUGGGGCUGGAAAGACCGUGAGAAGCGGGAGGAGAUGACAGACGACAGAGCUUGGUAUCUGAUCGCUUGGGAAGAUAGCUCUGUCCCUGUAGCAUUCUCACACUUCCGCUUUGACGUGGAGUGUGGGGAUGAAGUCCUGUACUGUUAUGAAGUGCAGUUGGAAAGCAAAGUCAGAAGAAAAGGUCUUGGCAAGUUUCUCAUACAGAUUCUGCAACUCAUGGCGAACAGCACACAGAUGAAGAAAGUCAUGCUAACAGUAUUUAAACACAAUCAUGGGGCCUAUCAAUUCUUCAGAGAAGCGUUACAGUUUGAAAUUGAUGACACCUCGCCCAGCAUGUCUGGCUGCUGCGGGGAUGACUGCUCCUAUGAGAUCCUCAGCCGAAGAACUAAAUUUGGUGAGAGCCAGCACUCUCACUCGGGCAGCCACUGUGGAGGCUGCUGCCACUGAGUUUGAACCACCUCUGUGUAGUCCUUCUCACAACACAUACCUUCAUCUUCCUUCCCUGCCAUCCCCAUCCUCACAUACUCCUUAAGAUAGGCCACUGCCUGCCUCUCAGUCAAGAGACUUAGACCACAUUCCGGAGCGUGGAUGAAAUUGCUCUCCUCUGUGCAGGAGGCACUAGAAAUCAAAGUCCUAUCCAGCUCUUGGACCUAGUGCUGUGACCUCAGAAAGGAAGCACCAGACGUGUCAAUCUGAGGACACUAAAUGAAAGCAACUUCAAAGCAUAGGUUAAGGAAGCGGCGGGGCAUGCAAUGAGGACAGUGAGCCAGUAGCUUCUCUUUCCCCCAGUAUCCCUCCAUUCAACCUACGAGAUGUAAAUGGUUUGGAGCAAGAGCAAUGACAUGGCUUUAUUACCCACGUCUCAAUCCCUGCAUAUACCAUCUGAGGAUUAACAUUGUUCUUUCCCAAGGUGCUCCAUAGAGCUUUAGAACCAAUUACAAUGCAAAUACAAGAUUCUGAGCCAAAAAUAACCCAGGCAUAUCUUAGAACCUUUGAGAAUGUUUUUAUGCUUCACUCAACCCUCAUGGGUCCCAAGUUCAGGGUUCCAUGUAACACCUGUAACACCUUAAUGGUGAUGGCUUCUGCAGAAGAAAUGCAGAGAGUCAUGCUCAGGUAUUGAUGGGCAAUUUCCAGCUCUUCCUGGCUGUAAAAUGUAAGAUACAGCCUGUAACUUUUGGGAUCUUAAGAUGGAUGAAAAAACACACCCCAACAACUUUGUGAGCAAAACUGCUUUCACUUUCUUUGCUAGAGCAAGGAGAGUCUGUUUCAUGUUUUUGUUUCCCUGCAGUUGGUACCAAGUACUAAAAAGAAAUAGAAAUGGAUUGUAAGAUCAGUGCAUUGGGAACAUUUGUGGCUCAGCUGAAAUGCCCAUGGCCUGCCAAUUACAUGUAGCAGUCAAGGAUUGAGUGUAGAAGAGCAGUGGCUUUCAGUCCGAGGCUGUCAUGCCACAGUCCUGUUGCUUUUUUGUGUUCUAGCUAUCGCGUGCUCUCCACUGAAGCAAGGCAGAACUGGGAGCUCUGUAAGGCUGAGGGAGCUAGCAGUGGUAAUGGGCUUACUUGAUUGUACUGACUGUGUGUGAUCAGUAAUAGUCAGAUCUCAUGUGAGGGCCCUAUCCUCUCUGCAGUGGCUGCUCUGCACUGUUAGAGCAUGUGUCUAAGCUGGAAACUUCUGUGUUCUGCAGACACCCCAGUCAAGUAAUUUUUCUUCUCCGUGCCUCAGUUUCCUCAUCUGUAACAUCAGGAUUGUACUGACCCAGCUAAUGUCUGUAAACACUUUACAAUACGUGGCUGGCAUGUGCUAGGAAGCACAUAAUCUUUCUGGCUGAGUAUAACCCAAGGAGGAGAGGGUGGAGAAGGGCUUUCUCCACACCGGUGCUGGCUGGAACAAGUUACAUAACUUAGUGCUCUACUGGAAACAUGUUGAGAAUCAGGUUAGCAUAAAGGAUCCAUAAUGUAGGACCAGCCAUGGUCUGUUGACUUAAUGGAAGGGAGGUUGUAGAAAGCAGUCAGUGGUAGAAACGGUCUGAAUCUUGUGAUUUUUUUUUUUAAGGCCUCUCUAUAACUUUUUCUUUCUUCUCAAGGAUAAGAAACAGUCAUGGAGUCUGUGACUCCUUUUUAUUCUUAAGCUACUCACAGAAGUCCCACCCCACUCCAUGGGGGAGGACAGUUCUCGUCUCCCAUACACCUAAGGGCAGGCCAGUGGCUCACCGCUUGAGUUCCAGCCUCUAUUUAUACCAAAUCCAAACCCUUUCAGUAGGAACAGCAGCAAGUUCCUUUUUGCAGCAGAUGCCUUUUGCCCUUCCUCAGAGCAUGGCUUCCCAUUCUGAGCCAGGGAGUAGGAGGGCACCUUUCACCUCAAUGAGGUGUGUUGGCAUCUUCACUUUGGGGCUCCUGGUGGGGCCCAGCUGGAGUCGACGGGACUUUAAAUCUCCUUUGUCUCAGAGCAGUUGUUGUGGUAAAGUUCUUUGUCUUCAUCUUAUCAGGUGCCUCUGUUCCGAGUAGAACUUUUAUCUGCAUUGCACCCAUUGGGGGGUUCAGACUUAUACUUGUUCCAGCCAUGGGGAGUAGGACCUCUGCUUGUCUCAUACCAGAUGUUGCACCUAUAGGGGAGUAAUGACCUCUACCUGCAUUGCACAUGCUGGGGUAGGACUUCAUCUUGCGCUAAGUAUUGCACCUGCUAGUGGGUAGGACCUCUAUCCAUGUUGCGCCAUGCACACCCAGUUUCAAAUACCUUCCACAGUUAGAUCUGAUGCAUUUGUUAAGUGUUGCCAUUCUUUGCCCAUCCCAUCUUCCAGUUGGUCCAGUAUAGGCUCCUUUGUUUUUGGUCCCUCCCCUUCAGCAAUCAUUUUUAUCUCCGCUAUUCCCAGACUCCCAUGCCCUGUGGCAGCCCCGGCACUUCACUGCCAGAGUCUAGAUGCAGGAGUGCUUUGCUUUAUCUGCCAUAGUUAGACAGUUUAAACUCAGCUGCAAUUUAGCCUCUUUCUGGGGUGAGAGAGUUCUCUGUUGGAAUUGUGAAAUGUAUCCAAUUGAGCUAGCUACUUUCUAGCUCUGAAAGCCACCAUUCACAGGGCUUGCUGCAUGGAAACAUAAUAUGGACAUGAUUUUUCAGGGAGUCAAACAUCCUAUUUACAGGGGGAAUUGGACACACAAUUUUGAUAGGCACAUGUGAAAUUCCAGCCAUCGCUCUUCUACAAAGGCAUGUUAUUUAGGCCCAGGGAAUAACCUGUUUGUUUUUAUAGGGAUGGUUUUUUCCUUGAAACCUGCUUCUCUCUUUCUAACCAUUUGCAUCCAUCCACCGCUGCCAAGUUGCACUUUGAGAGAAAGAUGCUUUAAACUUUGGCCUACACAACCCUGCAAUUUCAGAUCUCAGCGAACAGAAGUGUUCAUUUUGAAGGGAGAUUGGGGCAGAAAUGGGAUAAAUCCUGCUGUUCACUCUUCAGAUUUGCUGGGCAUGGAAGCCAGGAUUUUUGAAGGGACUAGUGAUUUUGGGUAUACCUCUAUUUAUAUUCUUAACUCAGACACCUGAAAAGAGGCCUUGUUUGCAGAAAGUACUGAACAUCGGGUCUCUGAGGCCUCUCUAGAUGGGCAGAAUCAAAAAUAAACUAGUCACUGUAGAAAAUGUUACUGACCCAUGCACACUUUUCUCCCUUUGCUGUGGCUGACAUCUUUCAAACACAAAUGCAGACCAAUUAACCUUCAGUUUGUGCUGUAGGGGAUCAACAAUGACAUGAAAGUUUCCACCCAUUUAUGAGGGAUUUUUAAGACUUUUUUUCUGCAUCAGCAAUGUCCAGUUUCAUUUGCUGGCAGUGUUUAGUAUGCACCCAGUCAUUAAACUGAUGGGAGAUGCUUUCUUAAUGACCACUACAUCUCCUACUUUGCUCAAGGUCAGAGGCAUUCAAUCUCAGUAGUGCGAUUAUUUUGGAUUGUCUCAUCCUGUCUUGACCAGUUCAGUCUGGUUAAUGCUUGUGGCUACAGUGUUUAAUGUUGCCUCAACUUUUAAGAGUGUUUCUCUCUCAUGUCUGACUUCUCCUGCAGUGUGGACAUGACAGAUGGUGCUGCAUCUCCUCAGUGCCUCCCUUGUACAUGAAAGCCUUAGGCCCCUACUGCUGCUGCCUUUUCUGGCUCUUUACACCAGCCAUGGGCUUACAUCCUCUUCUACGUAGCCAUCUGUGAUUGCUGCUGCUUUUGUCACCCCCUGCUUAAACGCUGCCCCUCUGCUCUAUGCCUCUGAGGGCAGAGGAACCACUGCUGGCAACCAGGGAGCAUCUGUUCCUGAAUCAAAAUCAUCACAAUCCCUUAAAUGCUGAAGACCCUAUAAACUGCAAGUCAGCUUCUGUUUGUGCUCAACUUCCACUUCCUGCCUAUCCAUCAGACAGGCUAAACUCCCCACCAGAAUGGCAUCCCCUUUUCAGCCAAAUGAGAAACCCUUCCUCCUCCUUUCUAACAAGGUGCAUCAGCAGCCCACAUUAGCCCUCUUUCUCCCACCCUUUAGCAAAGCCUUGUCACCACAUUAUCAAUGACAGAGGAUUACUUUGGCACCACGUUUUAGCUACAAAGCAGGAUGCAUUUUCGUGGCACAUGGAUGGGGAGCAUCUAGUGCAGGGGUGGGCAAGAUGCAGCCUGCGGGCCGAAUCUGGCCUGCCAAGCCAUUUGCUCCCACCCUCAGCCCAUCCUGCCAAUCUGAGAUCUGGGGGUGGGGAAGUGUGCAAAGUCAUUCACUCUUCAAAGUGGCUGGUGGCUCCCUCCCCCGCCAGGGGUGCAUAGCACCUAGAGGGAGCCACCAGCCAUUUUGAACAGCAAAUGACUUCACACACUCCCUUGCCCCCAGGUCCCAAUUAGCCUGGAGAGUGCGUGAAGUCUCCUUCCCCCACCAGGGACGUGUGGUGUCUAGAGGGAACUGCUCAAGGCCCCGUCCCUUCCGGGGUGGAAAGUGGAGCCGGCCUGCGACCAUGAACCAAAGUUCAUGAAGUGGCCCCCCUGCAAAAAUGAUUGCCCAUCCCUGAUCUAGUGCUAUUCCUCUGCUGUUAUGUCUGAGAUGAUUGUGACUCUGGUUUAUUAGCUAAAUCCUAAGAUGGUUUUAACUCCUUGGCACCUAGUAUUUGUCUUUCAGUGGACACGUGUAUCAUUCUGUUGAUAUUGGGUUUUAAUUAAUAUCAAAGAACACAGAAGCAUUUGAAGGAGUCAAACUGCAUUAAGAAUUGCAUAGACUUUGUAUAGGGAAAUUUAAUUUGAAACCUGACAACUUUUGGCCUGUAGUUUUGGCAUCUAUGUCCCAAUCAGAUUUGUACUGAAAAAUCUAGCACUAUGUAGGCCAGACACUUGACUCUGUACAGUCUAAACCUUAUUUUGACUCCUUAGUCCAACUCAGUCAAAGCACUUCGUGCCUGCUUGACACUAAGCGUGUUCUCUGAUACUUUCCCACAUAGGGAAGCUUUGCUGAAUCUGGGUAGCUCUCUGCCUGGCAGUGAAUUCCAACAAAUACAAGGAUUCUAGGGUUUUUAAUGAUUCCCUUGCCAUUUUUUCCUUGACCUAGUCUCCUUUUAUAACAGCCCAAUAACUACUCUGUGGCAUGUGUGAUAGUGGGUGAAUUUUAUAACUAGCUGCAGUUAGGCCUGCUUAAAAAAGUAAAAGUAAUUUCCCUUCUUGGCAGUCUCCUUACUCUCCCCACUGUCUCUGCCUAUCGUAAAUGGAGUCACCAGUUAGAUCCCAAAGCAAAUUGAUGUGAGUGUGUGAUACUUUCCUUUAGCCAUCUCUUUACCAGCUCAUUCUCUUCAUUGUGAAAAGACAGACAGGUGGAAGGAGUGGAAGGUUCUAAAACAACCCCGAUUUUUUUAUUUUGUUCUUUUUAAAGAAAAUUCCUCCCUUAUUCCCUUUUUACAUGAGGGACUCUUACCUCCUCUCUUCCUCUUUUGCUCCAGUUUAUUCUAACUAUGGCUAAACAAAAAGGGCUCCUCAGAAAAUUCCUGUCUCCCUUGUCCCCUUUAAUGAAUAUAUUCUUUGACGUAGCAAGUUGAUCUAUACUUUUGUUUGUCUUCUUGGUACCUUUUGAGGUAGGAUCUCAUGCCAAGUCUAGUUUGACAGACAUAGCUGACCUGUUUGUACUGUAUCAUUUGUACUGGGGCAGGGCAUGUUAAGUUUUUUCCCUAAGCCUUGUCUCUCUUUAUUUCACUUUUUACGUUGAUCAUGUGUUGGGACUUCUGCGUGCGUGUGCAUGUGUAAGGUCAUUUUAUUUGCGUUUUUUCCCCUUUCCGUUUCUAAAGGAAAAUUUAAAAUAAAACCUCACUUCUGAUGAUGUUGGGUUUUUUUUAACUAGUAAUUAUUCUCACUGGAAUCAAAGGGAAAAAGCUAAUCUUUUUGCAUUGGUUUUAUUUGUACGUUACAAAUAAAAACAGUUUGUUCAA